AUGAAAAUCAUGAAAAACAUUAUAUUAAUUUGCUUAUUUUUAGCCGUUUCAUUUGGGUAAAUGAACUAGAAUUCAGAUCGUUAAGGUCACUUUUAGCAUUAAGGUGGAUAGAGAAGCGGUCCUCCUACUUUACCUGAUUCUCCAUAGCUAUAGCUUCAAUUUUGUUUGUUGAAAAACUGUAGAAAUUUCAUUUAAGAUUGCAGUGGUGAUGAUAACUGUUUUUAACUGCUCAAAAAAUGUCCUCCUUCUUAAAAUGGACUAAAUAUAAUAGAUUGCUUUAAACUUAAUAUUAAUGAAAAUUAAAACUUGAAAAGUGCUUUGCCUUUCUAUAAUUGUAUAAAUGAUAAUUGUGCAGAUUAAGCAAAGAUUGGAACACAAAGUGUUUCUGGACAUGAUCAUGGAGACAAUAACAAUUGA